AUGAAGUUAUUUAAGAGUUUGGGCGACGUGAACGCAUUCCAAGGUGGUUGCCGAGAGCUCAUUCAAUGGUGCAGUGAUCCGAGAGCAUUCACGGCUCAUUUUGAGGCGAAUCUUCUCAACGCUUUACAAGCUGUUGUCGACAAUGCAGCCAAAGAGGGAUUCUCGAGUGAUUUAGCCUCGGAGCUGGUGGCUCUUUGCCAUCAUCAUCGACGACAUCUCUCGAAGAAUGCUUCCACGCGAAUUGGUCGAUGGCACGAGCAAUUUCGUCGUCAAAAGCGAAACGCGAAAAAGAAACAAAAAAGGGAUGAAGAGGGCAAUGGGAACAGUCAAAUCACCCAGAUUCAAGGUUACGUCGAAGAGCCACAAACGUACGUGCUUGUCGAUCCGCAACAGUCGAUCCAAACAAGCGAAGGAGUGACUGUGGUGACAAUGUGGGAUGGGACGAUGACGCAGCCCAUGCCUUCACCCUCAUACCCCGGAUAUCCGCCUCAAUAUGGAAUGGGAAUGCGCCCAAUGGACUAUGGUUCGAUGGAGGGCUAUGAUCCGGCGAUGAUGUACCAGGGGCAAGCGCCGCAAAUGAUGAUGCCACAUCCGGGGAUGAUGCCGAGACCCAUGAUGCAUCCCAACUUUGAUCCCGCUCAAUUCCCCAUGGAAUCCCUUCAGCCACGAAUAGGUGAGGAAUCGGUUCCUGGCCAAGUUCGCCCGAUGCCACCGUAUGGAAUGAUGCCCAAUUACCCUCAAUAUGGAUAUCCUCAUCCAGCGCAAGUAGUCCGAGCCGGUCCGCCAAUGCCUUAUGGUCAAUUGAGUGGUGGUGUACCCGGUCAACAGCCAGUCGCCGCUUUCCCAAACCCGAAUGCAGCGACGGGCGGAGGAGUGGAUUUGAAUCAAUGUUUCCCCGAUCACGUGCCCAUCAGUAUUGUCACCAAGAAUGUGAUGCAAAUCUUCCAAUUGGAUCACGACAAAGAAUCGUGCACGUUGCCCUUCCAAUUGACGCCGGACGUCUUGCAGCAAUUAGCGAUGCCAGAAUACGAGCUCCAGCUGAAAUGCUUUAACAAAGACGACAAACUAAUGACAGCGAAAUGGCCGCUCAAUCCGGAAACCAACUAUUUACAAUUAUCGGUGAAAAUCAACGGACAAAGUGUGCAAAUCAUGAACCCAAAGCAAUCGCUUUUGAUCAAGAAAUUCGUGAACACCGCGGAAAACUCUCUCGAGCUCACCGUCAGCGAUUGCGUUUGUUCGCAUCGUUUCAUCAUGAGUUUGGUUCGCAUUCAACACGUCGGCCAUUUCCUCUCAACGAUCGUGAAAGAAAGCCUGCAAAAGCCAGAGAAUUCCGUGGAAAUCAGCCAGAGAAAAUUGUUUCACUUGGUGCAAAUGACACGCAUGAACACUCUAUUAUUGGGCGAUCCUCGCUUCAAAUCCCGGUACAGUGUGCCAAUCCGUGGAAAAACUUGUACCCAUCUGCCGGCUAUCGACUUACGAAUGCUUUUGUGCUGUUUCCCGGAUGCGUCCUUCUUUGAGUGCCCAUAUUGCAAGAACACUUUCGCUCACAGUGAAAUCGAUGUCGAUCACUAUAUGAUGCAACUGAUCGCGAAUACCCCGGAGACGAUUCGAGAAGUGGUUUGCUUUCAAGAUGGGCAUUGGAGAGCGCCUAACGAACCGGUUGUGCAACCAGUGGCUAAUGGAAGGAAAAGGGAUAACACUGGAGCGAAAGCCGGAGCGAUGAAACGCUUCAAAACCGAAUCCUCAUUGGACAUGCCAAUGGGACAAGGCUCUCCAUUGUCGAAAGCUCCAUCAUCAGUCCCCUCUACUUCAACCCAUCCAGCUUCUCUUCCACCAAUGAAUCACUUCAUCGGCCAAAGCCCGGCUCCCAUGUCGAUGCCACACUCUGUGCCCGAUAUGAAACCCGAUUUGAUGUCACCGUAUCAUCAAAAUACUAGCCCAACAAAAAUCGUCGUGAUGCCACCGUGUGGCCCAUUGGCUGGCCCACCAACUCCAUCAACACCCGGACAUCCAAACAAUUCGAGCAGCCCGCAUCAAGUGCAGACGCAAAGUCAUGGAAGCGUUGAGACAGCUAGCCUAGCAGGCUCAGCUCCAUAUACGCCAGCUCCAACCUCAGUCGGCUCAUCAUCUGUUGGUCACUCUGUGCCGGGCACUUCAAUGGCCACAAUCGACCCUCAAACAGCUCCCUCUCUUCCCAAUCAUUCUCUGACGCCAAUCGACGAUUUUGAUCAACACCUUGACGGGCUUUUCUCAACGAAUGAUGUUAUGUCGGCGGCUGAUUUACAACGCUAUCUCCGGGAUGUUGAUCCGUCGAUUGGCGCUAGGAGCAAAGAUUCAAACUCGGACUUGCCAACACCCGAAGCCUUGAGUGCCGACUUGGACGACAUUGUUCAGAUUAUAGCCGCCGAAAUGCUG